AUGACAGGGGAAAAAUCGAUGAGCCCCCGGUGCCUGGGGCCUCUAAAAAUAUUCACCGUCGUCCACUUAAUUUUAAUCCACCCUAAUGCACCAACAGCGAUGUUGAUUAUUGUCGAUCGCUUGGCUCUGAUAAUUAGCUUCACUCUUGUUUUUCCUCACGUACUCGCGUGGCUCUAUAAGAGGUCCAACAGCUCCCUGGAGAGACGGAUGUCUCAUUUGAGCGUGCGAGCCACUGCGGAUUUAACAAAAGUUGGCUCAAUUCAUUUUGGUUUAAAUAUGAAUAUGUUUUGGAUUAAAUUUAUUACUCUGGUCCUCGCAGUCCAGUUUUCAGGGAUUGAAGGACAACUUGAAAUUUAUUAUGAAGAUAUUGUCAUGGAAAAUAUUAAUUCAGAAUACAUCAAAGACGCCGAAGCUCAUAUCAACGCUGACAGCGAAAAUGGCGACUCACUUUUCGUGAAUUUUACAAUUAUAAAAGCAUUGCCAACGACUGCGCAGGGACAUUUAGAACUGGUGGCAGCGUCGAUGGGAGAGUACGUGAUGCCAACUGGUCUUGUUUUUGAUUUGGAUAUAUGUGAUUUGAUAGACGAACCCGUGCUGAUCGGUCCCUUCCUCAAGAGUAUCGGUUUCACCGCUGAGGAUUGCCCACCACCAAUGGGGGUUUACACCACCACGGAAUACCGACCUCCUAUAGAGGAGCUCCCACCGGAGCUACGACCGAACAAAUACAAAGUAAUUUUCGAUAUGGUUGAUCAAGAUAUUGUGAUACUAAGGGUGGUUUUUUACGUGGAAAUUCAGUAGUUGUGGUGAGGGCAGCUGAAUUGAGGGGAGUGACCCAGGUGAUGACCCAGGGAACGUCAGGUGUCAAUUACGCCGCAUUUACUCGGCUUAUUCGCAAAUUUUAUCUGUAAUAACUUGAGUAGAUUCAAUAUAAUUAAUUUUGAGGGGUCAAACAAAAAGGCUCAUGGUUUAUUAGCUAAUUGUUUACGUGUAAAACAUGGACUAUUCAUAGAUUAUUUACAGAACUUUCUUGCAACUCUUCGAAAUUAAAAUGUUUCAGUUGUUUCGUGAAACAUUUAAUUAAGAUAUAAUUGGGUUUGACGGGCCUAUACGGAGCUCCAAAGCCUCAAAAUUCUCGAAAGGUGAAGGUUUUUGUUUAACCUUUUUAAAAAUUGAAAAUGAAACUCCCUUAGAUAAUCAAGUAAAAGCGAAAAAAAUAAGACAAUUGUCCUCGAGGUGUGACUUGUGUACCAACGCACAGUCCACUCACAAAAAACCCGGGAUAAAGAAAACGAAAAGACGUGGAAAAAAAUGGGGAAGGGGGCGAGAGAAAAGGAGCAUCCCCUGAGACUGGGGGAGUAUAAUGAAAACCGACGGUAUCCUCUUGUCAGUCUUGGAGUGAACAAAGCCACUGGAACAUAAACUGUUGACUGCCUUGUUCGAACUACUGUCAUCUAACCCGAGCCCUUUUUCAACGUCAGUUCAACUUUUAAUUUGUAAAAAUUCACAAUUUCGGCGAAACCAAAUGAAAAUCCUUAAUUGUAAAAAACAAAGGAACAAAUAUCUUCCUAAUAAUAUUGUGAAUAAUUUGGUAAUAAAUUGAUCCCUUCAAACAAUUAAAAAAAAAACAAAAUUAUCCACUAAAGUAA